AUGGUAAGUGCAAACUGGUACAAGAUCCACGCUUUACCAGACUAUCGCUUUCAAUCACCUAUGAGCACUACCGACCCCAAAAAGAAGAUCGACAAAUCAAAAUACAUAGCCGCAGCAUAUACCGUCUCCAACCUCCUCCGCUCCGAAGAGCACAUUGACCGUACCUUCGAAAUCUUCCUCGACUGGAUGGACGAAUACGCAUCCGCGAAGAAACCAAUACAUCUCAACACUUACAUCUCCUACCUAACCUUCGACGUAAUCGGCGAAAUCGUCUUCUCCAAACCCUUCGGCUUCCUCGCCCAAGGUAAAGACAUCGGUAACUCCAUCUCAAAUUCCCUCGCUCUGAACGCGUAUAUCGCCGUAGCCGGUUACUUCCGCUGGAUCAACAUCGCCCUGCUAGCCAAUCCAAUCAUGACAUGGUUGUCCAUCUUACCAAUGGGUCACCUCUUCGACACUGUUACGUCUGUGUUGGUAGACCGAGAAAAAAAUGAGAAUGUGAGGUAUGAUGCAGUGCAGUACUGGUUUAAACAACAUGAGAAGCAUCCGGAUAAGUUUACCAAACGGGAGAUUGGUACGCAGGCGCUUGCGGCUGUGGGUGCGGGGUCAGAUACGGUGGCUGCGGGGAUGCAGUCUUUUGUUUAUUAUAUGAUUCGGCAUGAGGAUGCGUGGGAGCGAGCGCAUGAGGAGGUCAACAAAGCAGUAGAGAAGGGGUUGUGUGGGGGUCGGGUGGUGUCUUAUGCUGAUGCGCAGCAACUUAGUUUUGUGCAAGCCUGUGUGAAGGAAGCGCUUCGCAUCUUUGGUCCCGUGCCCAUGGGUCUUCCGCGCAUAGCGCCCAAAGGAGGAUUGGUAAUUGGAGAUCGCAUCAUACCUGAGGGUACUAUUGUGUCAAUCAACCCAUGGGUGAUGCACUACUCAAAAGAGAUCUGGGGUGCUGAUGCGCACGUCUUCAACCCAGAUCGCUGGUUAGCAGGGGAUAUCGCUGCGAAGGAGAGGUACUUUAUACCUUUUGGAGCAGGUUAUGGCGGCUGUCCAGGCCAAAACAUCGCUAAGAUUGAACUCGCGAAGAUCGCAGCAACGUUAGUCAGGGACUACACAAUCAAGCAAGUAGAUCCAACACAAGAUUGGCAGUGGAACGCCUACUUCACAGUCGUUCCACACUCAUGGCCCGUAUCCAUCGAGAAGAGGGUAUAA